AUGUCAUCAAUAUUUGGGAAAAAGAAAAAACAUCCAAAGCAAACUGUGAACGUUAACAAUUCACAUGCUCAAACUAGGCCACAUAUUCAUUCGCCAGGUAAUUCUGGUUUUUCUGAUACUUCAGGAUACCAUUCAAGAAACCAUUCGAUAGAUAAUGGUUCGCAAUCUUCCUAUUUUUUUCAAGACAAUGCUCCAUCAUCGUCAUUAACACGACAUUCAGAUACUUCCUCUAUAAGGAACUCUGUUGUUUUUUCUCCAGGUGACUGGUUAAGUUAUUAUAAAGAAAAUUUUGGUGGAAAUAAGGAACCUCCCAGGCCUUCCGAUGAUGAAAUUGAAAAUUUGUUUUUAGAUUUAAUGAAUAAAAGAGAUUUAAAUAAACUCACGGAUUCUCAGAGAAAACUAAUUCCAGUAGAUCAAAAAUGGGUUCUUAAAUCAUUGUCAAAUCCGACAAAGAUAGUAGCAUCCGCACCUGACAAAAAUACACCCGAAUAUUAUCUCAAAAAAAUUUUGGAUCGUUCGAUUACUGUCGAAGAUCUAAAUUCUCUUGGUGUUUCUCUAAGGACCUUAACGAUAAAGCGAGAAGUUGAUCAUCAGAUGGAAUAUGAAAUUCUGAAGUGUUUAAAGUCAUUGUUAAACUGCAGAUGGGGUGCACAAGAAGCUUUAUCACAUCCUACAUGUAUACAUAGUAUUACAUUCUCUCUUAUUUCUCAACAAUUAAACACUCGAAAACUUGUGGCCGAAGUUCUUUCCUUUCUUUGCUAUUGUGAAAUUCCUACUGGCCACAACUUGGUAUUGGGAGGGUUUGAUCAACUGAAGCAAUUUCGAGCUGAACCUGGUAGAUUUGAUGCAUGGAUGAAUAUAUUGGAAAAUACAAUUAACAGUCGUGGUCGUUAUGGUAGUUUAGUAAACGCAAGUGAGGAAUUUAAAAAAGGCGGUAUAGGAAUCGAUGGUUCAAUAAUGGAAUAUGUGCUUUCCAAUAUGAUCUUGGUGAAUUCAAUUGUUGGCGUAUGUGAGGACGUAGAAGAAAGAGUGCGCUUGAGAAAUCAAUUACACGAUUGCAAUUUAUCACGUAUUAUUGAGAAAAUGAGAAAUUUAAAUUAUGAGUUGAUUAAUCGUCAAAUAAGUAAAUUUGAAAACGACAGUGAAUUGGAUUUUGAAGAGUGUAUUCUUAGUUCGGUUGAAGGAACAAAAGCACACGAUUACUUCUUGUCCACAUUGCAACAAAUGCUAUUAAUUCGUGAUGAAGGCGAGACAAGAACACGAUAUUUUCAACUUAUUAACGCUUUAAUUACUCAAAUUGUUCGUGAUCGGCGAGUACCUGAUCAAGAUUUGAAUAGUUCAAUUAGCAUAAUUGUUUCUCAAGCUAUAAAUAAGUUUGAUGAACAAGAAAAACGUGAAGCAGCUCUUGAAGCAGCUCUUGAAGAUGCAAGGGAAGCCAAAGCUAUAGCUGAAAAAGCAUUACGUGAAAAAAAAGAAUUGCAGGAUGAACUUUCAACAAGAGAAGAUGGCAAUUUAAAAAGCAAAAUUGAUUCGAAUGAGCAACUUUUACGAAUAUCGCGACAUACUAUACAAACUCAGCAAGUUCAAAUUGCCGAAAAAGAUUUAUUGAUACGAAAAUAUGAAUCUAUAUUAAAAGAGCAAGGUUAUUCAAAUGAUUCUGAUGCCUCGGGUCAACACGACCAGGAAAGAAGGAAGGAAAUCGCAAAGACCGAGGCUAUUUUAGAGGGGCAAGUUUGGACACCAUCGGCAUUUGAGUUCAAAAUGCCCGAUGUCGACCAAUAUCGAUAUAGCGAUGCAAAUACUUCUAAUGUUACUACAGAUACUGGAUAUGCUUCAGGAGAUUCUAAUUUUAAUUCCAUGACUUAUCCACCAUCACAUACUUCUCAAGUUUAUGGGCAAGCUCCGUAUCCGGGAGGAUACAAUCAAGGUACACCUG